GUCAACAUCGCCGCCUGCGCUGCCCUAUCGACCAUCCAGAGUAGGCGGGGCGAACGAGACGCCGCUAAUCCCCCGGCUUCAUUUCCCUGAGGGUUGCAAGGAGGCGGGAUAAAGGACACAAGGGCGUAGCCCAUUGGGUUGCUCCACAACUGGUGGGCAUUUCUCUUUGAGGUUACUGCAUGGGAUGGCAAGAGGUUUCCUGGCCGGGACGGUUACCGUGGUUUCUCUCACUGUGACUUUAACUGCUGUUGCUGCUAAGUCUUCUUCCUGCACUUACCCACUAUUUCAAGCAUCCAGGAAUCUAGCCUACAGCGCAUCUUCAGAAAGUUGGUUUCACAGCGAGGGUGCUAAAAUGUCGAAUUGUAAAGAUGCAAGAGAAAAUUUGCAUAACAAAGCAAGGACCUCCCCAUAUCCAGGAUCAAACAUUCAGCGCAGCAGGGUUCCCAACGAUAAGGUGGAUUGGUCAACUGAAUGGGAGGAUUACAGCCCUGUGGAAUAUACAGCACAAUCUGUUUUGGCAGGACCUAAGUGGGCAGAUCCAGAAAUUGGGGUGAAAAACUUUUCUCCAAAGUUCAAUGAGAAGGAUGGGCAAGUGGAGAGGAAGAGCCAAAAUGGUUUCUAUCAUGUGGAAAAUGGGAGGCCCAGGAAUCCUGUAGGCAGGACAGGAAUAAUGGGCCGAGGUCUCUUGGGGCGUUGGGGACCAAAUCAUGCUGCAGAUCCUCUUGUAACUAGGUGGAAGAGAGACGGCAGUGGCAAUAAAGUAGCUCACCCAGUGUCUGGCAACAGUAUCUUGCAGUUCAUUGCAAUCAAAAGGAAGGACUGUGGGGAAUGGGCCAUUCCAGGGGGCAUGGUAGACCCAGGGGAAAAAUUGUCAGCUGCACUAAAGAGAGAAUUUAGCGAGGAGGCCUUGAACUCCUUACAGAAAACUGAGGCCGAGAAGGAAGAGAUGGAGAAACAACUGAAUAGACUGUUCAGUCAAGAUUACUUUGUGGUAUACAAAGGGUAUGUGGAUGAUCCUCGGAACACAGACAAUGCUUGGAUGGAGACAGAAGCCGUAAACUACCAUGAUGAAACUGGUGAAGCAAUGGAGAACUUACACUUGGAAGCAGGAGAUGAUGCUGGGAAAGUGAAAUGGGUUGACAUUGGUGAAAAGCUGAAACUCUAUGCCAGUCAUGCUGACUUUGUCAGGCUUGUAGCAGAGAAAAGAGGAGCACACUGGAGGGAAGAUCCUAACCUGGAUUGCUGUGAUGGGGCUGAGAUCAAGGCCUAAACUAAAGCCUAAACAUGGCUGAUAGAAGUUUAGGGAUAGAAUGGGGUGUUAAUGCUGCUUGGGUUAGAGAAUGAGUUGGUCUCUAAGGGGCUACUGGAAGGAUUUUUUUUUUAUUUUGAAGAAUGAGAUUACUGAUGUAUGGAUGCAGAACCUGCAGCCCUUCAGAUUUGUUGGAUUCCAGUUCCCAUCAGCCCCAUCCACCAUGUGCCAAUGGGCAGGGCUGAUAGGAGUUGUAAUCCAACAGCAUCUAGAGUUUCACAGCUUCCUCAUCCUUGUUUUAAAGCCACAAAGGAUGGGCAGCCAAAUUUAAGUGAAGCUAAAUCCCCAUUCAAUUUUCCAAUGAAAUAAAAUCCGUGUGACUUCUAAAUGUUCUUUGGCUGAACAGUGCCCUCUCUUUUUAUCAAGAAAUAUUGCUAAGGUAUUCGAUAACACAUUCUGCAUCCAUUAUACGUAAAUAAAAACAUGUAUAAGAGUUUGAUUUUUGUUGAUCAACAGGAGUGUUGGGAGGCAUUUUACAAUUAUAAAAAUUAACAGCCGCAAUCUGUUUUACUUCCUGUUAUGGAAGUAACCCAUUAGUGUCAGCACUUAAUAUUUAUUUGCCAUAAUCAGGAAGCGAUUUAGGUUGCGCUCCUAUGCAUUUAAUCUGGGAAUAAACCCCAUUGAACCCAGAGGGACUUGCUUCUGAAUAAAUCAUGCACAGAAUUGCAUUGUGUGUCUUUAAGUCAGAAUCUGAAUGAUCUCUUGCUCAUCAUACAAAAUAAGCCGCCAUACUAUUGUUGUUUUUACCACACUGAUCCUAGUCUUUGUAGAGAAGGGAAAAGAGAUCUUUGGUAUAAUCACAAAGAAAAUGUAAUAUAAAAUUUGACCCAGUAGCCUAUGAUUGAGGAAAGAGAGUAAAUACUAUGUUUUAAAAUAUUUACUUGGAUGAAUGAAACGCACCUCUAGGCUUAGCUCAUAUUGGAAUGAAACACUCCAGUAAGCUUAUCUUUUAUUGCCAUUUCCAAUUUUUUAAAAAAGACUGGAAUCCAAAAAGCUCUUUUAAUUAUUCUCGUUUCCUGUACUGGCUGAGCUUUCACUGUUUUGGCCACGGGAGAAUAUUCUGAUAUACAGGAACUGGUUGUUUUAGUGUUUGAACAGAAGCUCUCUGACUCCAGUAACAGAAUAUUCUUGAUUGAAACCACCAGCAGUUUAGAAACUUGCUUUCAAGCACUUAAUAUUUCCACCACCAAAGUGAUUGUAAACUACCUUGGACCACUCUGAAGAAUAUCUUUGCCUCUGAGCCACUGUUGGAGUGUCUUCAUGCCAUGGCCUUCUUAAAGGUCAUUAUACUUUGGAACCAUCCCUGUAAUGACAAAGGCUUAUCAGCAAAUCACCAAUAACGCUAGCCUUUUAUGCUAGCCAGCUUCUCAUUGGUCAUAUUUGUAAUGCUUAGUUUUUUUCUUAUGAACCUUUGGCUAAAGUUUGGGGUGGCUGUUCAUUAUGUACCCUUCUAUUUGUUAUGUCAACCUGCCAAUAUUUUCUGAAACACAUGAAGCGAUUUUAUUCUUUGACUUCUGAAUAAAUUGCACAGCAGCCACA